AUGUAUGAAUUAGAUGAUUUUGGUAAUAAAGGAGCAUGGAAUACCGUUAAGAAAAUUGGUAAUAAUAUUAAAAAGAAUUGGAAACCAGAUUAUAUUAUUGUGAUCAGUGCUCAUUGGCAAAGUAAGGGAGAUAAUUUGAUUGAAAUUGAUUGCCCUCGAAACAAUGAAGAAAAUCCAUUAAUCUAUGAUUUUUACGGAUUUCCUGAUCAUAUGUAUAAAGAAGAAUUCCAUUCUAAAAAUAAUUUGUUUAUUGCCAAUGAGAUUAAAAAAGAAUUAGAAAAGAAUGGGUUUAAUUCCAGUCUUACAAAUCGUGGAAUUGAUCAUGGUGUUUGGGUACCGUUUAAAGUAGCAUUCAGUGACUAUAAUACACAAUCUAGACCCCAACCAGAGGUCAAAGGUUUGGAUUUACCAGAUACAUCUGUAAUCCAAGUUUCAUUAACUUCUAGAGAUGGUGAUUUUGCUAAACAUUUUAAAUUGGGAGAAGUUUUGAGCAAGUUCAGGAACGAAUUGAUUUGGGAUGAAUCGAGACAGAAGUAUUUAUCAGGGUUAAUUAUUUGUUCAGGAAUGUCAGUUCAUAAUUUAAGAGAUUUAGGUGCUUCCUUCCGUCAACCUAAACAGAUAAUGCCUUAUGUCAAACCAUUUAAUCAAUUAUUGACUAAAACAGUUGAAGAGAAUCAUGGCGAAAGUUUAUUACAAGCAUUUUUAGAAUUGAAAAAGAAUCCAUUAUUACGUCAAGCUCAUCCUACUUUAGAACAUUUCUUACCAAUAGUUGUUGCCGGAGGUGUUGCUUCGAAAUCCGAUGACAAUAUUAAAGAAGUUUACAAUGAUUCAAUGCUCAGUUUAGGUUGGGGUGUCUACCAAGUUGGCCAGUACAAUAACAAUAACAGCUCAAAAGUGUAA